CUCGUUGCCUGAGUUUGGUUCAUUGAACCGAUGGUUGUGUUUUUCUUCAUUCGUUGCUAUUCGGUAGAUACAGCUUGCGGAGGAACCUUCCAAUAUUCUGGUAUCUUAAUCUAACGAUGUUCGGAACGCGCGCGGAAAGGUUUUCAUCUCGCGAUUACUAGUGUACGCGAUGGGAUCAGACUCUUGGCUGCAUGUAAUUAAAAUCCGUUUGUGUAUAGAUUGGAUUCGUUUCAAUAUCGAUAAGAAUAGUGCACAUUACAAUCAUUUCAGCUGUGUUGAACCAUGCAAUGCCCAGUUACCAUUCAGUGAGUUACCCGCAAUUGCAAAAAUGCGCGAUGAAUACAUCGAAAAACAUCUGACAAAGUAGCAAACCUUUCGCGAUGCACAAGUUUUGGUGAUUUGCACUUUGCGUAGUUAAUUAAUGAGACUGACCACGUCUUCACAGACGUUAGAUUUGAUUCUGGUUUUAUAUCGAGGUUUCACAGACCCACUUGUGGCAGUUGAAAGACCAAAGAACCAGGAAUGACAAACAAAGAGCAUCCUCAAUGCAACGGCUCGCAGCCGCUGGCGAAUCUCAAAAAUGGCAUCAGCAACGAUGCAUUGUCCGUGUCCAGCUACAAGGGCUCGAAGGACAUACUGAACGUAAAGUUCAACAAAGCACCAGAAAAAGCUAACAACCUGAGCAAUACCAAACCAGUAUCAUACUUCCAGCUGUUUCGUUUCGCCACUUGGUGGGAAAUAGGUGGCACAAUUCUGGGUGUCAUAUUGGCGUCGUUUGCAUCGUUAGGGUUGCCCUACGGAGUCAUAUUGUACGGGGAGUUCACAACGCUGCUGGUGGAUCGAACCCACGGAAUAGGGAAGUCCACCGAUACAGCCAUUCUGUCGAUAUUCGGUGGUGGUCAAGUGCUAAUCAACGCCAGCCAGCAGGAGAAUCGCGAGGCUAUUCUGCGGGACGCCAAAGCCUUCGGGCUGGGCGUCGUUUGCGUGUCACUAAUACAGUUCCUAGCUGCUGCGCUGAGCGUAGAUAUGAUUAACCGAUCGGCUAUCCGACAGAUCAGCCGCAUCCGGACGCUGUUCCUACAGGCUGUCCUGCGACAGGACAUGACCUGGUACGAUCUGAAUAGUGACGACAGUUUCGCCGUUCGAAUCACUGAUGAUUUAGAUAAGCUUAAGGAAGGCAUCGGCGAGAAACUUUCCAUCUUUACGUACCUAGUAAUGUCGUUCACUAUAUCUGUGAUAUUCUCGUUUUUCUACGGGUGGAAGUUAACGCUUGUGAUUCUGAGUUGUGCACCGAUUAUCAUACUGGCCACCGCCAUUGUAGCUAAGAUGCAAAGCACGCUUACGGAAAAAGAAUUAAAGGCCUAUUCAUCGGCGGGAGCAGUCGCCGAGGAGGUCCUUGGUAGCAUUCGAACUGUUGUGGCGUUCGGAGGCGAACGGAAGGAGCAGGACCGCUACAAGGAGCGUCUGAGUGCCGCCGAGGUUAACGGACGAAAGAAGGGUCUGUUCUCGGGUAUCGGAGGAGGCAUCAUGUGGUUCAUCAUUUACUGUUGCUACGCUCUCGCGUUUUGGUACGGAAUCAACCUGAUCCUGGAUGAUCGCGGUAAGGAUGUGAAAGACUACACCCCUGCUGUUCUGAUUAUUGUGCUGUUUGGAGUUCUGGCCGGCGCCCAGAAUCUGGGCCUGUCAUCUCCUCAUUUGGAAGCAUUCUCCACCGCGAAGGGUUCGGCGGCUACCAUUUUCUCCGUCAUCGAUAGGGUACCGGUAAUCGAUUCGCUGGGAGACAGUGGUCUGCGGCCAGCAACAAUCAACGGGGCUAUCGAGUUCACUGAUGUUUCCUUCCGCUACCCAGCGAGAAGUGAUGUUCAGGUGCUACAGGGAUUGAAUUUAACCAUUGAAGCAGGAAAGACGGUUGCGCUGGUGGGACCGUCGGGUUGUGGAAAAUCCACAUGCCUACAGUUGAUUCAGAGACUGUACGAUCCUCUCAAUGGCACAGUAACUGUCGACGGAACCAAAGUGAACGAGUUGAACAUCAGCUGGUUGCGAUCGCACAUCGGGUUGGUCGGCCAGGAACCUGUUUUGUUUGCUGCCAGCAUUGCGGAGAAUAUUCGCUAUGGAAAUCCGGAAGCUAGCCAAAGUGACAUUGAAAAGGCCGCUAAAAUUGCAAAUUGCCAUAGUUUCGUUACCAAAUUACCAAACGGAUAUCACACGUUGAUCGGGGAGCGUGGUGCGCAGUUGUCCGGUGGACAGAAACAAAGAAUAGCUAUAGCUCGUGCCUUGGUUCGUAAUCCUCAGAUUUUGCUGCUGGACGAAGCCACCUCGGCGCUGGAUCCAAACUCCGAGAGGCGUGUACAGGAUGCGUUGGAAAAAGCCAGUCGCGGCCGUACCACGCUGGUGGUAUCCCACCGAUUGUCGACGAUAACCAACGCAGAUAAGAUAGUGUACAUUGAAAAGGGUGUGGUAGCCGAACAGGGAACCCACGACGAACUAAUGCUCAAGAAGGGCCUGUACCACAGUUUAGUGAUGGCUAGUGGGGCACAGAAAAAGGAAGAGGAUAUCGGAGUCAGUCAGGAGUUGAUUCCGACAGGACCGAAAAGUGAGAUUGCGGAUGACGAUGUUUGCUCGGACGACGAAUCGGAUGGAAGCAAAUCAGGGGAAACCGUCGAGGAGGACAAGGAGGAUGCCUAUCCGGUUUCGAUAACACGACUGUUGAAACUAAACUCUCCGGAGUGGCCCUAUAUCUUGUUCGGCUGUGGAUCGGCUAUUGUUGUGGGAGCAUCAUUCCCAGCAUUCGCCGUUCUUUUCGGUGAAAUGUAUGGAAUUCUCUCGGUAGCUGAUCCAGAAUUCGUACGAGAAGAAUCCAACUUCUAUUCGGUGCUCUUCCUGAUACUAGGUCUCGUGACAGGUUUGGGAACGUUCUUCCAGACGUUCCUCUUUAACAUCGCUGGCGUACGACUAACCUCUCGACUGCGGCAGAAAACGUUCAAGGCAAUCGUCAGCCAGGAGAUGGCUUGGUACGACGAAUCCAAAAAUGCCGUCGGGGCACUUUGUGCUCGUCUCUCCGGUGAUUGUGCCAGCGUUCAAGGUGCCACUGGCACCCGAAUCGGCUCGCUGCUACAAGCCGCAUCCACCAUUUGCAUCGGAGUUGGAAUAUCCUUCUACUAUUCGUGGAAUUUGACUCUCGUUUCGGUGGUUGCCAUCCCAGUGGUGUUGGGAUCCAUCAUCCUGGAAUCUCGCUAUAUGGAGUCCAGCGGUUUGAAGGAAAAGCAAUCGUUGGAAAGCGCCAUCAAGUUGGCGGUUGAAGCCAUUUCAAAUAUCCGGACUGUGGCGAGUUUAGGACAGGAGCCACAUGUUCUCGAGCGGUACACCAAGGAAACGCUGAAAGUGGAUGCAGCCUGUAAAAAGAAAACUAAGCUGCGUGGAACUGUUUUCGCGCUGGGACAGAUCAUGCCAUUCAUGGGCUACGGAUUAGCUCUGUUCUACGGUGGAAAACUAGUUUCAGAGGAUCAAGUGGAGUACAAGAAUGUGAUAAAGGUUUCUGAGGCUCUCAUUUUCGGUGCGUGGAUGUUGGGGCAAGCCCUUGCAUACGCUCCCAACGUCAACUCGGCAAUGCUCUCUGCUGGACGUUUGAUGAAUCUUCUAGAUCGCGAACCAAAGAUGCAUAACCCAACCAGCUCAUACCACUCAACUCUCCAGAAACACGAAGGCAACAUCAAGUAUUCAAACGUCGAGUUUCGUUAUCCAACAAGACCCAACAUUCCUAUCCUGCAAGGGCUUAAUCUGGAAAUAAAGAAAGGUAACACGGUUGCUCUGGUUGGUCCAUCGGGCUGCGGUAAAUCGACCUGCAUUCAGCUGCUUCUCCGCUACUACGACCCUGACCAUGGCAAAGUAGACAUCGACGGUAUCAACACGACCGAUUUCCACCUGAACCGUAUCCGCUCCCAGAUGGGUCUCGUCUCGCAGGAACCGGUGCUGUUCGACCGAACCAUUGCAGAAAACAUCGCGUACGGUGACAACACGCGGGACAUUGCCAUGCCGGAAAUCAUCGAAGCUGCCAAGAUGGCCAACAUUCACGAAUUUAUCAUCAAUCUCCCCAAGGGUUACGACACCAGCUUGGGUACGAAGGGAGCGCAGCUAUCCGGCGGGCAGAAGCAGCGUAUCGCCAUUGCACGAGCACUCGUCCGAAAUCCCCGAAUUCUACUGCUGGAUGAGGCCACUUCGGCGCUUGACAAUCAGAGCGAAAAGAUUGUUCAAAAUGCGCUGGAUCAUGCCCGGAAGGGUCGAACCUGUAUCAUCAUUGCUCACCGAUUGACCACCGUCCAGAAUGCGGAUGUGAUUUGCGUCAUCCAGAAUGGUACCGUCGCGGAAAGCGGUACCCAUGACGAGUUGAUGGCGCUGAAUAAAAUGUACGCGAAGCUCUACAGUAUGCAGCAAGUGGCGUAGAAGUGACCUUAAUCGCGUUCCACCGGUUCGAUGGAGCUAGAAGACUUUGCGUGCAGCGGUGGGUGUGUGUUUCAAUACACCCAGUUCUCUGACGAGUAUCGAUUCUGGAAAUCCCCCAGAUAGAGGGAGAGAGAUAGAGAAAGAGAGAGAGUGUUCGGAUCUAGAAAUAAUGUAGCAGUGAUAUUAAAACGCCUCCUAACUUAUUGCCUAAAGAUUCGUAUGCUUAAGUGUGUAUAAAUGAAAUGUUUCCGAAGUUUAGGUAGAGUAUUUUUUAUAUGUUUAGAACUGACAAAUUCACUAUCAUUGCUUGUAAAUAAUGACAAAAAAUGAUGAACCACUACACUACACUGUAGCAAUCGUGUACAUUAAUGAUCGUUCAAAUGAUCGCACAAACAAAAAUCAUGUUCGGUAUUGCAAAAGAAUUACUCAUUAUUCCUCCAAGCAAUUCUCAAAAGUGAUAACAGAUACGAAGUUCGAAUGCACUAUGCUUGUAUUAUUAUUUAUUUGUACUUACGGAAUAAACCUUCACCAGUAAAUGGUGAUUUUAAAAAGUUAA